AUGCUUGCUAACGAAUCUGAAUUUCGUGUUAAAGUAGCUGUUCGUGUUCGGCCAUUUCUACAACGAGAAAAAAAUCAUGAACAAAAAAGUUGUAUUGCUAUUCAUCCACAAACUAAUCAAAUUGUAUUAGGAGAGAGAAGAACAUUUAAAUAUGAUUUCGUCUUUGGACCAAAAACUCUACAGGAAGAGUUGUAUCGAACAAGUGUUGAACCAAUGCUCAAUAAUGUAUUUGAUGGAUAUAAUGUUACCAUUUUUGCUUAUGGUCAAACUGGUUCCGGAAAAACCUAUACAAUGACAGGUGGAAAUAUUUUGUCCAUAGGAGAAAAAGAUUAUGGUAUUGUUCCACGUGCUGUUAAAACAAUAUUUGAUACUGUUCAUAAUCGACAUGAUUGUCAAGUAACAAUAUCGGCGUCUUAUUUAGAAAUCUAUAAAGAUGAUAUUAUUGAUUUACUUGAUGUUAAUGAUAAAGAUUUAGAUGUUCGAGAUGAUGCAGCCGGUAACACAGUUGUUGUCGGUGCAAGUGAACAUAGAUGCCAUUCCAUUGAUGAUGUUGUUAGUUUAUUAAAAAAGGGUUCGAAUGUUAGACAUACUGGUGCAACACAAAUGAAUGAUGAGUCAUCUAGGUCUCAUGCUAUUUUCACUUUAUAUAUUGAACAACGUGUUCGUGAUAAAAAUUCUAAUGCAAAUCUUGUACAAGCUUCAUUUGAUGGAUUGGUUAAACCAAUACAAAGUACAUUUGAUGAAAGUUUUCUUUCUGCUAAACUUCAUUUUGUUGAUUUGGCGGGUUCUGAGCGUGUUGCACGUACGCAAAAUACAGGUGAACGUUUUCAAGAAUCUAUACGUAUUAAUUCGGGUCUAUUGGCUCUGGGAAAUGUUGUCAGUGCCUUAUCCGAUCCAAAGAAACGUACCGGUGGUCAUAUACCUUAUCGUGAUUCAAAAAUCACUCGCCUACUCAAAGAUUCACUUGGUGGAAAUGCCAAAACAUUAAUGAUUACGUGUGUAAGCCCAUGUACUGCAGAUCUUGAUGAAUCUCUUAAUGCUCUUAAAUAUGCACAUCGAGCCAGUCAAAUUCGAAAUAAACCUAUAAAAAAUGUCGAUCCAAAUGCUCAACGUUUUAUUGAAAUGCAAAGUGAAAUAACUCAUUUACGAGAAGAAUUAGAACGACAAAGAACUAUCUUAUCACGUGAUGGGCAAUCAAGUAGUAGUCGACGCUCAACUGGACUCAAUGGUGUUGAUCAUUCACGUCGUUUAAUUCAAACAGCAUUUGUUUGUUUUCAACAAUUAAAUGACUGUGAAGAUUUAGGCGAUGAACAAAAACAAUGGAUACAAACAUGGAUGGAUGCCGUAUCCAAUGAAAAUUCAGAAGAUAUAUGCAAUGAUAUUCUUACAUCUCGAGUAACGAAUUUAGAAAGUGCUUUACAUUCGGCAAAAGAUGAAUUAAGAUCAGAAUCCCAAAUGCGUGUUAAACGUGAAAUGAUACUUGAUCGUUUACAAGAACAACUUAAAACAAAAGAAGAUGAAUUAAAUAGAGUACGUAUGGCAAUGGAUGAAUCCAAUUAUCCAACUACAACAACAAAAAAAUCUUUGCCAGAUCGAACAAAAUCAGCUCCACAUUUCGGUGGUGUUCAAAGAAAGGAACAAUCAAUUCAACCACGUACCAUUCACUCUAGUCCAGCCGUGUUCGGCAUGGAUUAUGUUGUUGAAAGAUUUCAUGGACGAUCACUGGCAUUGGCUCAUUCACAAGAAGAAAUUGAAGAAUUAGAUUUAAGAAAUAGUGAUGAAAAACAAAAUGAUGAAAAAAAAUUUUUUCGACGCGGUACAUAUCGUCUUCGUAAAAAUCGAUUGACCCCAAGUAUUUUACAACAAGACGAUGCACUACAAUCUUUAACUGAAUCAACAAUAAAUAAACAAAAAUUAAUUGAAGAAGUAGCAAGAAAAGUAAAAGAAGCUGAAAGCAAAGCGCAAGAUCUUAGUAUUAAUAUUCAAUUAAAAGAACAAUUAAUUAAAAGUGUUUAUGCAUCGACUAAAGAUGUGAAAGAAACAAAUGAACAAUAUGAACAACAUAUUAAAACAUUAGAAAAAGAAGUAGAUAAGGCUAAGCAAGAAUAUCAUGAUUUACAAAAAAAUAUGCAACAAAUAGCAACAAAGAAUACAAGUGAAAAAUCGAAAUUGGAAGGUGAAUAUCGAAAAAAAUGUGAAAUGGCUAAAGCUCGCCUUGAAUCAUUGCAACAAAAAGAAAAACAAUAUCGAGAUCUCAUGAAUAAACUAUCAGGCAAUAGUGAAAAAAGAAUUGCUGAUCUUCAAUCAGCACUCUUUCGCAUGAAACAACAAUAUGAAACAGCUCAAAAACGUAUACGUGAAGAAUCUGAAUUAAAAAAUAAAUUUGAACAAGAUCUGGUACGUGAACAACAACGUAUACAAGAAUUAACAAUUCAAAAUGAACAACAACAGAAAAUUUUAAAAUUAAAAACCGAAGGUCUUGUUGCUGCUCAACGAAAAUUACGAGGCGCACCUAACGGAACUAACAAUGACGGAGUAGCAACAAUAAAUAUUGAAGCUGACAUGGAGAAAUUAGUUAUCGAAAGAAAAGAAUUAGAAACAUUGAAAGAUGACAUUAGUAAACGUGAGGAACUUAUUCAAAAACGAGAAUCAUUACUAAACGAACGCACAGAACUAGAAACGAAAAAAAUGCGUACAAGUCAAGUAUUAAACAAGAGUUUAAAAUCAGUAAAUGAAAAAUUAAAAACUGUUGAUAAACAGCAACCAAAUCAUCAAAUGAUACGCGAACAAUUACUUAAACAAAAGCGUCUAUUUACUGAACGUUUAGAACAACAAGAUUGCGUAUUAACACCGUCAGAAGAAAGACGCUUAAUUGAAAUCGAUGAAGGUAUUGAAGCUAUCGAUUUAGCCAUCGAUUAUCAAAAUAAUAUUAUCAAUAGACGUGAACGCGAUGUUCAACAAUCAAUUCGAGCAAGUCAGGGCCCCGAUUCUCCACUUUUCAAAAUAGGUCAAUUAAGUGAAAAUGAAUGUAAAGAGCUUUGUCGUAAAUUAUUUGAAAAAGUCAUCGAUCUUAAAGAAGAUGAAAAUAAAAAUCGACGUGAAUUCGACGAAAUAAAAUCUCAAAUCGUCGACCAAACUGAAAUAAUAAAUGAAUUACAAUCGCGUGUUCAAACACUAACACUUGAUCAUGAUCGUCGUUUAACAUCUAUUCAACAAACACAUGAGGAAGAAAAACAAUUGCUAUUUGGUCAGCUACAAGAAACAUCAAAUCAAAUGAAAGAUCUUGAAAGAGAUUUAUUUUUUUAUAAACAUAAAACAAGAGAGUUACGCAAAUCCAUGGCAACAUCAACGACAAGUGCACUUGACACAUCAACAUCAUCGACGACAGGUGCUGCACGACGAAAAGAAACAAAUCAAAAUGAAGAUGAUUUUCCAACGCAGUUACCAACGCCAAGAACAGCUGUACAACAACAUCAGCCGGCGCCAUUUCUUCUUAAAGUAGGUAAUCGGAGCACUUCGGCGCAUCACAUACAGCAAGACGAAAUUAAAAAACGAUAA